CGAUCCCAAAUAUCCUUUGUUGUGCAGGAUGCGGUCCUUCUAGCACGAGCCUGCGAAUAUCACAGAUGCAAUAUAUUUGAACCUCUGACCGCAACGAGAGCAAGCCAUUACUUUAUCAAUCUCCCGCUACCGCACGCACUUUGAGUUCUCUUUCUUUGUGCAAAUCAUAGACAUGGAUUCGCGGACCAAGGAUCGGCUAUCGGAAGCACUAAGCAAGAUGAGCCUCCUGGGAGACGAUGACUCUGAUCGGAUGGUGAUCGCACUUGACUUCGGCACAACGUACAGCGGAAUCGCGUACGCGUUUUCCUCUAAACCUGACGAAGUUCACUGCGUAACUGAGUGGCCUGGAAGCUCCAAGACAGUACCAAAGGCACCUACAGUCCUGAAGUACCAGAAUAGAAAUGAAUUCAAGUGGGGUUAUGAGCUCGAUCGUACUGCGGAAGAAAAAAUUGUUGGCAUCAAGUUGCUCCUCGAUCCCGAUCAGAAACGACCCCUUUUCGACACCGCCGGGGCUGCAGCAACGAAAGCUGAAAUUGCGAAGUUAGGAAAACCCCCGGCAGAUAUUGCAAGCGAUUACAUUGCUGCAAUUUACAAACAUGCACUGAAGGUGAUUUAUGGGAAGGUGCCGAAAGCAUAUCUUGAUAUGCUGGACAAGUACUUUGUACUCUCUGUGCCGGCUGUUUGGUCAGAUAAGGCAAAGGAUGCCACGCUUCGAGCAGCCCGUAAUGCGGGGAUCUCACCGAUUGAGUUAAUCAAAGAGCCUGAGGCUGCCGCAAUGUACACACUGCACUACCUCAAGCAUCAGGGCAUGGAGGUAGGGGACGCUAUCACGAUUUGCGAUGCAGGAGGUGGUACUGUUGAUCUUGUUUCCUACGAGAUACUCAAUCUUGAUCCUUUGGAGCUAAAGGAACUGGUUCCGUCCACUGGCGGUAUUGCAGGGUCAUUGAUGAUUAACAAGAGAUUUGAGAACUGGGUUAAGGACAUGGUGGGUGAACGCACGUUCCUCGAUCUCAAAGAAACAGAUGCAUAUCGUCGAGCUAUGAAAGACUUUGAUGAGACCAUCAAGCCAUCUUUCCGGGGAAAGAAUGACGAGACUGCAUACGUCAAUUUCCCAAUGGCGAAGAUUAAAGACAACUCGUCCAAAGGAAUCAAGUCGAAUACAUUGACACUCUCUGUCCCCGACAUGGAAGACAUAUUUCAACCAGUCUUUGAGGAGAUUGACAAGUUGGUAACUCACCAGGUGAACGAGGUUCGCCUCAAGCGCAUGUCGUCUGGUCAUCCAAAGGGCGCAGCAAUCAAAGCGAUAUUUCUGGUUGGAGGCUUUGGAGAGAGCCUCUACCUCAAGGAAAAUCUAGCGGCAACGCACACAGGAACACAGGUCAUCCAGCCUAAUGGCGCGUAAGUGAAGUCCCAUCCAGGGCUUCCAACGGGCCGUACUACGGUCCGUACAAAGUGAACCGUAACGGUCACGUGUUCAGUACGAACGUACUGAGUUCGUGAGCCGCACCGUACGGUUAAUGAUGCCCUAGGUACGGUACGUAGUACGGAUCGUAUUACCCUUUUAGGAAGUUUUUAUAGCGAUUCUGGAGGAGUAGGAGGACUCUGGUGAGCAGGAGGUCUGCGGGGAGAGCUUCUAGAGCUCUGAUUAGCUGAAAGUUUCGCAAGGGCGCUCAAAUCUCUUUCUAAGGGGUUUAAUCUAUCCAUCUGCGGUCUGUUGUCUCAAAAAUGCCUAUUACAGACUAUUUUCCAUUGCAGAGUUAUCUAUCUACGCGUCUUGCCGCCUUACAGGCCUCAUCU